AUGCUACGACACGCUGUGAGUCGAUUGUCAGUUCGCGCUACUUCCCAAUGCCGACCCGCCUCUUGGGGCUCACGGCCUCUUCUCGUCUCGAGCCGGUCCUUGCCCGUCGUCCAUCGCAAUAACUUCGCCAAUUCAUCGAUUUUGUACAAGAAGAAAGACAAGGGGAAAAAUGCAACUAGCGAUUCGGAAUUGCAAGGGCCCGCAACAUCCCCAGAGGACCCUUUCGACCUUGCGCAGCUCCAAACAGGCAUAUCAACUGCUGUUACGCGAUUGAAGGAUGAUCUUUCGAAACUUCGUGCAGGGGGGCGGUUUAACACUGCCUCCCUGGAAAGCUUGAAGGUCCAACUAGGGAAGGACAGUAGUGAUUCAUUCAAGCUUGGGGAUCUAGCACAAGUAGUGCCUAAAGGAGGACGGAUGGUGACCUUAUUAGCGGCCGAGGAGGAGCAUAUCAAACCUCUCGCGUCGGCCAUCGUGUCCUCAAAUCUGUCUCUGACUCCUCAGCCGGACCCUUACAACCCCCUCCAGCUCAAUAUUCCCAUCCCCCCACCGACAAAAGAAUCCCGAGACCAAAACGUCAAUGUCGCUAAACAGGCCUUUGAAAAAGCCGCCAACACCGUCCGCGAUGCUCGGGGUGUUAUGCACAAGCGGUUACAAGACAUGCAAAAAAGAAGACUGCGCGGCCUGAUGAUGUGCGCAAGGCCCAUGACCAAAUGGAAAAGGCCACGGACAAGGGGCAGAAAGAAGUGA